ACCACCUCUCGCUAGUCGCUACGCUGGUUCAGUAAUAAUUCGGCAUCAGAAGCAGCACGUACUACCACCAAACGCAAAAACUUAAACUUAACUUUAUUCGUAACAAUUUGUGUAUAUAUGUACUUAUUUUAUUUGGCGAUCUAUUAACAACAAACUAAUAAUCAAAUCAUAAUCGUAACACAAGAAGAGUGUUAUUUAAAUUGUUUUUCACCAAUCAUCGCUGUACAAUAUAUCAUCGACCGCGGUUCGGGCGGCUGGCCGUCGUAAGAUCGUUUUUUACUGCUGACAACUACAAUAGUUUUCAUGGCGCCCAACAUUAUUCGGCCUAGUCAAAUGCUGAUAUUCAACUCAGCCAUGUGCUAUGUCAAACAGCGACAGCACCCGGCCGCUGGGGACAUCGACGACGGAUCGUCGAUAUCAUCGAAAUCGCCGCCGGCCAAGAGGACGUACGUAAAAAACAUCUCACCCGAGGAGAAAAUAUUGCGCAAGAAAUUACGAAACAGAGAAGCAGCACAAUUAUCUAGAGAUAAAAAGAAAGCACAAUUCAAUAUUUUAUCAGGAAUGGUUCAUGGGCUAAGAAAAGAGAAUGUACAUUUAAGAGAAGAAAUAGAAACUUUACGAGCCAACCAAGAGCAAUUGAUCGCUGAAAAUGAAAGAUUACGAGAACAACUUUCGACUGAGUCAUCCAUACCAAAAUCAGUAGUUACAGAAUUCUGUACAACAGCAGUUAAUAACAAGAUUUCGAUUAACGGACCUGCCGUGUCCAAUAGACACCCUCUGCAGAAGGGCAAACGGAAUCGAACAUCUUGUUUGAUGCUCUGUUGUCAGAUUCUGUUCCUAUUACUGACCAUUCCAUCCUACAUGAUCUCAAGCUUCCAGACGACGAUGAUGAUAUGGACUGGCUUGACAACAAUGUUUCAAAACGUUUGGAGAAAAUUGCUGAUGAACUACUCGGCGAAAGUUUCCUUAAUGAAUGUUCUCUUGAUGAAAUGGUGGGGGGCACAUCAGAAGUCAUGGAACCCGGCCAAAAUAUUAAUUUACCCAAUGCAAACAUAAAUGAUGAUGAUCCAAUAUUCAUGCUAAACACAGACACAGAAAGAAUUAUAGAUACAGUUAAGAUUCCAACAGAAGAAAUGCAAAUUUCAGCACCAAACAUAGAUGAAUCUGAAAUCGAAGAACAUUCCGAAGACAAAAGUAACUCUUUGGAACGUUUUAUUAUCGUAGAAGAAGCUGUUGAAGAAGUAACAACAACCUAUGAUGAACACAUUCUUGAAAUAUGCCAGGAAGAUGAUAUUGACACAGAACAGUAUGAAGACAUUGGUUAUGAAUCGCUUAGCUCUCCCGAAUAUGAUUACAGAACACAUUUUAAUACACCACUAAUAUUAACAAAUUUACUUUCAUAAAAAUAGUACCUAUAAUUAAAAUAAGAUACAUAAUAUUAAAUUUAAAUUUUAACUUAAAUUUAUGUUAUUAUUGAUACACUUUUAUUACUUUAUGUUAGUAUAAGCACACUGUAUUACUCUAGUAUACUUUCAUACAACAAUUGAUAUGUGUCCUAUUUAUUAUAUAAUGUUGAAUAGCAUUAAGUGUUGUAUUUAAUUUUAUGAUAUAAAUUCUGUGUUUGUGUCCCAUAUAAAUAUAUAUAUCUUAAAUGGUCUGUGUCUGUGUUUAACACUGAUCACUAAAAUA